AUUGCUGUGUUGCUAACUUCACUACGUUAAGCUAACCCAACUUAUUUAAAAAAUAUAUACUAUAAUCUGAAUAUUUAUCAGUAUUUAUAAUUUAAAAAUGGUAAUAGCUAUUGGAUUUGAAGGCAGUGCCAAUAAAUUAGGUGUAGGAAUCAUUAAAGAUGGUGUUGUUUUAUCUAAUCCAAGAGUUACAUUUAUUACACCUCCAGGAGAAGGAUUUAUGCCUAAAGAAACUGCUGAACAUCAUAGACAACAUAUAUUAAGUGUUCUUCAAAAAGCCUUGGAAGAGGCAAAAAUAUCUGGUGAAGACAUUGAUGUUGUGUGUUAUACAAAAGGUCCUGGAAUGGGUGCACCGCUAGCUACAGUUGCUAUUGUAGCUAGAACAGUUGCACAGUUAUGGAAUAAACCAAUUUUAGGUGUAAAUCACUGUAUUGGUCAUAUUGAAAUGGGUAGAUUAAUAACAAACGCAAAAAAUCCGACAGUAUUAUAUGUGAGCGGAGGUAAUACACAGAUUAUAGCUUACGCUAGAAAAAGAUACAGGAUAUUUGGAGAGACUAUAGAUAUUGCUGUAGGAAAUUGUUUAGAUAGAUUUGCCCGAGUUUUAAAAAUCUCUAACGAUCCAAGUCCAGGCUAUAAUAUAGAACAACUGGCUAAAAAAGGACAAAAAUACAUACCUUUGCCAUAUUGUGUGAAAGGAAUGGAUGUCAGUUUUUCAGGAAUACUUAGUUAUAUGGAAGAAAGAACAAGUAGUUUAUUAAAAGAAGGAUAUUCUCCUGAAGAUCUAUGUUUUUCACUUCAAGAAACUAUAUUUGCUAUGCUAGUCGAAACUACAGAGAGGGCUUUAGCACAUUGUAAUUCAAGCGAAGUUUUAAUUGUUGGAGGUGUAGGUUGUAAUCUGCGUCUGCAAGAAAUGAUGAACGAAAUGUGCAAAGAACGUGGCUCAACACUGUUUGCAACUGACGAAAGAUUUUGUAUUGAUAAUGGUGUUAUGAUAGCUCAUGCAGGGGCUGAAAUGUUUCGGUCUGGAACUAGAAUGAAGUGGGAGGAGUCCACUGUUACUCAGAGGUAUAGAACUGAUGAAGUUGAAACAACUUGGAGAGAAGAUUAAAAUAAAAUUAACUAAGAAAAUUGAAAAUAAAAAAUUAAAU